CCUUCCUGGGCGCCGCCGCAAGCCGCGCCAUGCUUGCCCUCCGAAGCCGCCUGACCAGAGCGCUGACCGCGCGGAGGCUCGCGCCUCAGGUGUGCUCAUCUUUUGCUACGGGCCCCAGACAGACUGAUGGAACAUUCUAUGAGUUUCGUACCUAUUAUCUUAAACCUUCAAAGAUGAAUGAGUUCUUGGAAAAUUUUAAGAAAAACGUUCAUCUUCGGACAGCUCACUCUGAACUGAUUGGAUAUUGGAGUGUAGAAUUUGGAGGCAGAAUGAACACAGUAUUUCAUAUUUGGAAAUAUGAUAAUUUUGCUCAUCGAGCUGCAGUUAGGAAAGCAUUGGCCAAAGAUAAGGUAUGGCAAGAACAGUUCCUCAUUCCAAAUUUGGCUCUUAUUGAUAAACAAGAGAGUGAGAUUGCUUACCUGGUACCAUGGUGCAAAAUAGAAAAACCUCCAAAAAAUGGAAUCUAUGAACUGGUUACUUUUCAGAUGAAACCUGGUGGCCCAGCUCUGUGGGGUGAUGCAUUUAAAAGGGUAAUACAUACCCAUAUCAAUCAAGGCUAUUCAAAACUAAUUGGUGUUUUCCAUGCAGAAUAUGGAGCACUCAACAGAGUUCAUGUUCUUUGGUGGAAUGAGUGUGCAGAUACUCGCGCAGCUGGGAGACAUCUAGCUCACGAGGAUCCCAGAGUUGUGGCUGCUGCUCGGGAAAGUGUCGAGUACCUAGACACUCAGCAAAAUGUGCUUCUGAUCCCUACAUCAUUUUCACCAUUGAAAUAG